GAGGAGGAGAGGACCUACAGCUUGUGAAGGGGCUGGAGGCUGGUAAACUCAGCCAGCUACAGCCUCUUAUACAGUAGGUGCACCUCGUAGAGCCAGAGCAGAGUAGUGUGAGGCUCCCCGCUCGCUUUCCUCAGAGCCACCUGAGUCAGCCAAGACAGCCAAGGAGCCCCAGCAGGCUUCAGGGCUGAAGCUGCAGAGUCCUGGAUCAACAUUUUCCUGAAGGAGGGGGCUGGACACAGCUUUGUUCCACAGCUGUAAAGUUCUGUGAAGAGGACUGUUCCACGUUUUCUCCAUUAAAAGAAAAAAAAAGUUUCCUUUAGAAACAUGGCAAUACCAAGGAAUCAGGCAUCACCCACCAAAGCCAUGGCCCUGGCACUGGGACUCUUCUUCCUCACCUCUGUGGCAUCCGCAGAAGAGUACGACUACUACAGCUGGCAGUCGGACAACUUCCACAACGGGCGCUUCUACACCAAGCAGCCGCAGUGCGUGGACAUCCCCGCGGACCUGCGCCUCUGCCACAAUGUGGGCUACAAGAAGAUGCGGCUGCCCAACCUGCUGGACCACGAGUCCAUGCCGGAGGUCAAGCAGCAGGCCGGCAGCUGGGUGCCGCUCCUGGCCAAGCGCUGCCAUGCCGACACACAGGUCUUCCUGUGUUCCCUCUUUGCGCCCGUGUGCCUGGACCGACCCAUCUACCCCUGCCGCUCUCUGUGUGAGGCCGUGCGGGACAGCUGUGCCCCGGUCAUGGAGACCUACGGAUUCCCCUGGCCUGAGAUGCUUCAGUGUGAAAAAUUCCCUAUCGACAAUGACCUCUGCAUCCCCAUGCAGUUCUCGGGUAACCACGCCACGCAGACUCCAGCCUCCAAAGUCUGCCCACCCUGUGACAAUGAGCUUAAGGCCGACACUAUAAUGGAGCAUUUCUGCGCCAGCGAUUUUGCUCUGAAAAUGAAGAUCAAAGAGGUGAAGAAGGAGAAGGGUGACCGGAAGCUGAUUGCAGCACAGAAGAAGAAGAAGGUGCUGAAGAUGGGAGUCCUGCGCAAGAAGGACCUAAAAAAGUUGGUCCUUUACAUCAAGAAUGGGGCAAACUGCCCCUGCACCCAGCUGGACAACCUGGGCACCAACUUCCUCAUCAUGGGACGCAAGGUGGACCAGCAGCUGCUGCUCAUGUCCAUCCACAAGUGGGAGAAGAAGAGCAAGGAACUCAAAUUUGCUGUCAAAUACAUGAAAUCCCAUCAGUGUCCCACCUACCACACGGUCUUUCAGUGACCUAUGACCCCACACCCUAAAGCACCCCAAAGAGCCCCAGACUUCAAAGGAAAGCACAUUUUGAUACUUUUUUUUCAGUGUUUCUGUCUGAAUAUUAAUAAGAGUAAUAAUAAGUACAAUAUUAACUGAUCAUUUCAGCUCAAAGCAGUACAAGUCAGUAUCUCUCUCACAUGGAAAUGGGCUUCUGCAUUCUCCACACUGUAGUCAUUCUGUUACGCCAGGUCUUUCCAGCAGUAAUAAUAACGGUUAUUAAUAUAAUAUGCUAAUAAAAACAUUGCAAUUAAUAACAAAAUAGGCAAGAUCUUGGAGAAUUUUGCAACGUUGGAUAUUUUUUAUAUUUUAUGUCUUGAUUUUAUUUAAAGCACAAAGAGUGCAAGAGUAAGAGUGAAGUAGCACUAUGAGAACGGGGAGGUAGAGAGCUUUUUCUGAAAGAACGGGAAAGAGACGGGGGAGAAGCAGGGAAUUAAAAGGAAAAAUACAAAGGGAACAUGAAGGCAAGGAAUGGGGAGGGGUGCAGUUUUUGGUGUGGAAAGAAGCUAAAAUGAUUUAAAAUACUGGUUCCUAAGUGUGGGGCAGGGACUGGCAGGUUCUCAGUACAGCAAAAUAACGGUCACCAUGGAGAUCUCCAAUCCAGGACUGGUGCUGAAGGACCAACUAGCUAUUGUAGAUAAUAAAAAAUUAAAUCUAUCCUGUAAAAAAGUAGAGUGCUAUUACGAAAAUGAGGUGAAUCGUGGAACAAGGGUAUUUAAGGCCGUUUUCAGAGGAAAGAGAAAUGGAGCGAGCUGCCACUGACUGUUCUAAAAAGCAGCCCUCACUGACAGCCAAGAGCGAGACUUUGUGCAGCAAACAGGAGGACCGCUCUGCUUCGUCAGAAAGGAGGCAGCUGGGAAAUUGGCCACUGGCUUGGAAUCUAAAAAACUCUGGAUCUUACCAAUAUCAAUGGUUUGUGAGAUCUCUGUUCAACAUUAUUAUUAAACUUUGUAUUAUUAUUCCUAUUUGCUUAAAUAGCAUCUACAAUAUAAAACCUCUACAGGCAUACUGUAGCACAUACAUCAACUGUUGCUAUAAUAAAUGGUAAAAAAAUAACUUUAAAUUGUUUUAAAAAAUCAGUACAUGUGUAAGUAGCUGUUAUCCUGAAAAAGGAGUUACCAUCCCUGUUUUCUACAAAAAAUAAUAAAAUAUACUUGAAAUUUUUAUAUAGAACAACAA